CACCGCCCGAAGUCGCGACGCUGCCGCGUCUCUCGACACAAAGACUAGGCUGUCCAGCAGCGUCUAGUCAACGCCGUAGCCCAGAUAUAAUAAAAAUGAGGGCGUGCGAGCCAGCACACCCGCAGCAACAGCAGCAAUGGCGCCGACCUAUAAUAUCGCCAUGGUCAGCGACUUUUUCUUUCCGCAGCCUGGCGGCAUUGAGAGCCACAUCUAUCAGCUGUCGACCAAGCUGAGGGACAGGGGCCACAAGGUUAUCGUCGUCACCCAUGCAUACGAGGGUAGGACCGGCGUGCGCUACCUAACCAACGGCAUCAAGGUCUACCAUGUCCCGUUCCUGGUCAUCUACCGCUCGGCCAGCUUCCCGACCGUCUUCUCCUUUUUCCCCGUCUUCCGCAACAUCAUGCUGCGCGAGCGCAUCGACAUUGUGCACGGCCAUGCCAGCCUGAGCAGCCUGUGUCACGAGGCCAUCUUCCAUGCCCGCACCAUGGGCUUGCGCACCGUCUACACCGAUCACUCCCUAUUUGGCUUCGCCGAUGCUGCGAGCAUCAUGGCCAACAAACUGCUCAAGUUCAGUCUGAGUGACGUGGACCAUGUUAUCUGCGUGAGCCACACCUGCAAAGAAAACACCGUCUUAAGAGCCUCGCUAGAUCCGCUCAUGGUAUCUGUGAUCCCCAAUGCUGUAGUGGCAGAAAACUUCAAGCCAUUGCAUAGCCGGCCCGAAGUAUCUGCCAACUCGUUCGGCCACAGCCCCCCGCCUGUCCGCCAGCUGGGCCCCCAUGACACGAUAACCAUUGUUGUCAUCUCUCGCCUGUUCUACAACAAGGGCACAGACCUCCUGACAGCCGCCAUUCCCCGCAUCAUCCAGAACCACCCCAACACGCGCUUCAUCAUUGCUGGCUCCGGACCCAAGGCCAUCGAUCUAGAGCAGAUGAUUGAGCAGAAUGUCCUGCAAGACCGUGUCGAGAUGCUCGGCCCUGUCCGCCAUGAAGAGGUCCGCGACGUCAUGGUGCGCGGCCACAUCUACCUCCACCCGAGCCUGACGGAGGCGUUCGGCACCGUCAUCGUCGAGGCCGCCAGCUGCGGGCUCUACGUCGUGUGUACCCAGGUGGGCGGGAUCCCCGAGGUGCUGCCCUCGCACAUGACUGUCUUCGCCAAGCCUGAGGAGGAAGACCUAGUGGCAGCCACGGGCAAGGCUAUCGCUGCGCUGCGCGCGAAUAAGGUUCGCACCGAGCUGUUCCACGAGCAGGUCAAGACCAUGUACUCGUGGACCAACGUGGCCACGCGUACCGAGCGCGUCUACAACGGCAUCUCGGGCGCCAUCAGCGAGGCCGAGUUCUACGGUUACGACGCCGCCAACGCCGCCAGCUGGAGCGCCACCCGUGGCCGCUCCGGCGUCCAGAGCUUCGCCCUCAUCGACCGCCUCAAGCGCUACUACGGCUGCGGUAUCUGGGCGGGCAAGCUGUUCUGCAUUUGCGUCAUCGUCGAUUACCUCCUCUUUGUUUUCCUGGAGCUCUGGUUUCCGAGAGAAAAGAUCGACAUAUGUCCGGACUGGCCAAGAAAAACCAUCAACGAGCAGAAAGAGACCGUAAAAGACGCGCGUAGCAGGUGGUGAUCAGGCGAUUCUCCAUAUCUAGCCACGCGUGCUAAUUACAGCGGGCAACCGCUCUCAUAAAUCUCUCUGCCGCUUUAUCCCGGAUUUUUACCGGUUACCGAAAGCUAGAAAGGGGUAAAUGAGCAAGAUAAAUCCCAACUCGCCCCGAGAUUGAGGGAUUGGAAACAUAUACAACGCAAACCAUUACAACUAUGUUGACGUCAAACAAUGACAGCAACAGCUAUCUGCCGCCGGUAGCAAACACGAUGCAAAUACCUAGAGUCAUUAAGCGAUGUCGCGCUAGCUGUGACACAAAGGGGACUGAUGGCAUCUAUGGCCCAGGUGGCCCGCUAACUCAUGAAGGAGAUAAAGUCAGGCUUAAUGAAAGGCGAAUUACUAUGUAACCCUUUCUCCAUUCCGGGUAGAAUUCAGGCUCAAGCUUAGUCUCGAAUAUGAUAUACCGAAUAUGAAUCUAAUA